AUGACGACGGUUCAAGCCAAAGUUGAUCGCCGUAUCGCCGGUCUCUACAGCACAUUCCAGUGCAUAAUCGGUCUUGCUGAGAAUGCCCAAGAGGCAUCCACCAGUAACACUUCGCGAGUUCUCGCAAUAACCCGCCUAGAGCUUUUAGAAGCCGAAUGGACGCGCUUCAAGUCGGAACAUGCUCUCCUCCUCGACAUGAAUUGCGAAAAUCUUCAGGAGCAGGCGUACUUCAGGGAGUCCGUCGAGGCUCAAUGUCUUCAAGCAUACGAAACGGCUAAAGUAGCCUAUCUUACAAUAAAGGAACAUUACGACCGCACCGAGCCUACCGGCGCAAUUCUGGCCGAUGUUUCAGCCGUCGAAUGUCAAGCUGCUCUUCGUCGGUCUCUUCCGGAAAUCAAAUUGAAAACCUUCUCCGGAGAAUUUUCUAAGUGGCGGGAAUUUCAUGACAUGUUCGUUUCCAUGGUCGGUGAGAACACGUAUAUCACCUCCGUGGAAAAGAUGCAUUAUCUUCGAACUUCGCUGAAGGGAGAAGCAGCACAACUUGUGUCCAAUCUUCCAAUCUCGUCCUCUUCCUUCGCUGCAGCUUGGGAUAUUCUCGUCGAGCGCUAUGAAAAUAAGCGUCUCCUCAUUACGGCUCAACUCGACUGCUUGCUUGGCAUCCCGAAUAUUACUACUCGGUCCGGUAAAGCCCUCAACAACCUUCUCAACACAUUGUCUGAGGUCCUCCACGCCUUACAAGCGCUGGAGGUCCCCAUUCAAUCGUGGGACUGCAUCUUGGUGCACAUCGUCGCUUCAAAAUUGGAUCAACAUCUUCGUGAACAAUGGGAAGUCAAGCUCGGCGCUGCAAAAGAACCGGCAACUCUUCAACAACUUCGAGAUUUUCUCAACACUCGGGCUCGAGCUCUGGAGAGCAUCGAGAUUCGUGUGCCCCAGUACUCUUCUCGGCAGUCUUCAACCGCAACGCCUCCCCCGAAACCGGCCACUUCACGGAUGUCCUCGUCAUCGGGCGCCGUCAAGGCAUAUACAGCGCAGGUCCCUUCAAAGGGUCUCAUCCCUACAACCGUGGAUCAUAAAGCCGCCAUGGCGUCUACGAAGCCUCUGAAUCCGGGUGGUUCGGCAACUCAAUGUUGUCAUUAUUGUUUAGGGCAGCACUUCGUUGCAAGGUGCCCUAACUUCAAGCAACGGACUCCUCAAGAGCGUCGGACGAUAGCCGAACAGCGACGGCUAUGUUUCAACUGCCUCGGCCCCCAUUCUGCAGUCAAUUGCAAAGUUACCGGACGAUGCGCCGAAUGCAGCGGCAAACAUCAUACACUUAUUCACACCGGAUCAAUAUCGGUUACCCCUUCACCACCUUCCGGAGCUCCUCAUCCGAAACCGUCGGCAUCUUUAUCGCCGACUGAGCCUCAGCGUCAAGCGGCUUCUCUAAAUGUAUUGAGUCUCGGCAACCAACGAACUGGACGCACGCGGGGAGUAAUCACCGCUCACCUGUCAUCUAUUUACGAUUCAUCGGCUUCCUUCUCGGUCACUGCGUUCAUUCUCAGGGUGUUAACUACGCCUCUUCCUUCUUUCACCUCAUCGAGAGUGAAAUCCUGGCAUCACCUCAACGGCUUACAACUAGCCGAUCCGGAUUUUCUUCAACCUCGGCCGAUUGAUCUCAUCAUUGGUGCCGAUUUCUACGGCAAACUCAUCGAAUCGGAAGUAAUCAAAGGCCUGCCUAAUGAACCAAUCGCCCAACGAACGUUGUUCGGCUGGAUAUUACUUGGGCCAAUUUCGGAAACUUGCACCACUCCGGCGUCCCUUCAUCACACGUCCGUCGAGGAUGACGUGUCCCUUCAACUUCGCAAAUUUUGGGAAUUGGAAGAACUCCCGUCCGACGCUGCUCCCUCUGCAGAUGAGGACACAAACUUCUGUGAGCAACACUUCAGGGAAACGCACACACGCGACGCUUCAGGUCAGUACACCGUUCGGCUCCCCUUCAAGUUACCUUCGACGGUUCUAGGAGAUUCUUACUCGGCCGCUUCAAGAUCCCUACAGCGACUUCGAUCUCGGUUGGCAGAAAACGAGCACCUCAGCCAAAUGUACACGGAUUUUCUUCAAGAAUACGAAGCUUUUCAUCAUAUGACUCCGGUUUCUGAUGUUAAACCAACGAAACCGUGCUUCAUACUUCCGCAUCGCGGCGUUGUACGUGAGCACAGCAUCACAACAAAACUUCGGGUCGUCUUCAACGGGUCGUGCAAGACCAACACCGGCUUUUCAUUAAACGACAUACUCCAUACUGGGCCAAAACUUCAAUAG